CAUGCGCCGUCAUUGCGUCGGCUUCCGGCGGACCCGGGGAGGCGGCGGCGUCGCGAUGGAGCGGUUGGGGCCGGGGUCCGUGAGCGCCGUGCCUGUGGCCGAGUUCAGGCCAAAUGAGGGUUCAUUAACAUCAACUUUAAGAACGCUUCUGUUCUUCUCAGCUCUAAUGAUUACAUUACCUGUUGGGCUAUAUUUUUCAUCAAAGGCUUAUGUAUUUGAAGGUUCCUUGGGAAUGUCUGACAGAGACAGCUAUUUUUAUGCUGCCAUAGUUGCUGUAGUCACUGUCCACGUGGUACUUGCUCUCUUUGUUUAUGUUGCCUGGAAUGAGGGUUCGCGGCAGUGGCGCGAAGGCAAACAGGACUAAAAUGAAGAUCAUCAGUGUCUGAUAUCCACAGACCGUAAAUCAGAUUUUUUGUGAGCUGAAGGAAAAGCAUUCUUCCAAAUGUGUAAUAGACAUGCACAAAGAGGAGGCUAAUGCCUCAGUUGUGGUUAAAAAAAGACUUGUGCUCAUCUUGACUGUGUACUGGUGUUUUCUGUAAUGGUGAUGGAAGUUGUUCUUUAGCCAGCUUCUACUAUGUUGAGCUGAGGAGGCCUUCGCUUCAAUUAAAGUGGAAUAAUUACGUACUUUUGAAAACUUCUGUA